AUGGCUUUCAAAUCCAAACUCCCCGUGGGGUACCGAUGGCGUUCUUCAAAUUGGUUCAUUAUCAGCUGUAUUGCUAUAGCUCUCUUCUCGGAGAACUUCCUAUACAGCUACAUCGUGCCCAUUCUCCAGGUCAUGCUGGAGAAGCGGUUGGGUAUUGAGGAAUCGGACUUACAAGCGACUACCUCUCUCGUACUGACCGUCCAUGCCUUGGUCUGUUUGGUGGCUGGUCCACUAACAGGCUGGUUGGCCGAUAAAGCGCCGAACAGAAGGCUGCCCUUACUUCUUUCAUUGGGAGCCGAACUGGUAGGAACAGUGAUCAUCAUGCUAGCACCGAAUCUUCCGGUACUUCUUCUCGGACGUGCACUCCAAGCAAUAGGUGGAAAUACAGUAUGGAUCGUUGGCCUCGCUACCGUCGCCGAUACAGUCGGACAUGAGAAUACGGGCAAAGUCCUCGGCGGGAUAUCGUCAUUCUUCGUCUCCGGAUUACUCUUCGGUCCGAUGGCCGCGGGUACCUUUCUCCAGGUGCUGGGAUACUGGUUGACCUGGAUGGUUCCUAUCCUGAUGCUGAUCAUUGAUAUGCUGAUGCGCGUGGUCAUGAUCGAGAACAAGAAUGGCCACCGAUCUCCGACCAAAGAGUAUCUCUCCGACGAUACUCCUUCAACUGAGAACGCCAACCGAGCGGGACAUAACGAUGAUCAAGUCCAUGAAGACGCGGCUCUUCUAGAUAUCCCAUACCUGAAUCCUAAUUCAUACUACGACGACGAAGCACUUCCUCCAAGAAGAAAUGACGCCCCGGUGACCAACCAAAAAUCACUAUUGACAUUUAAUAUCUAUACGAUGAUCUUGUCCGAUUCCCGAGCUGCGGGUGGGCUGAUCUGUAAUUUCACACAGGCUGUGAUCCUGGUCGGACUGGAUACCACAUUACCUCUUCAUUGCAACGAACAGUUUGGCUGGAACUCUGCCCGAGUCAGUCUAAUGUUUCUGCUGCUACAGAUACCGUCCCUCCUCCUGGGCUCCCUGACUGGCCUUCUGAAAGACAAGGUUGGUACGAAGCUUCCUACUAGUGUGGGUUUCCUGACCGUCAGCAUUUUCCUUUGGAUGCUGGGUACGGCCAGCAGUGACGGUCUGUCUAUUGUAGGAACUGGACAGAAGGGUCAGGCGGUAUACAUGGUUGCUGUUGUUGGGAUUGGUGUCUCACGAACGUUUAUUAGUGGAUGCGGUACGAUUGAGAUUACCAAUGUGAUGAAAGAAAUAUACGAAGAAUAUCCCCAGCGUUUUGGAUCCUCGAAGAACUUCUCCUCUGGCUUUUCCAUGACCAACUUUUGCUGGACGGCAGGGAUGCUUGUUGGGCCUGUUAUAUCGGGAUUCCUAGCUCGAUCGGUCGGAUACUAUUAUAUGAAUUUGAUUUGUGCAAUUAUAUCUGCUGCAGUUGGAAUGGUGGGAAUGACGUUUCUACCAAGCAAAAAGAAACAGGCGAUCGCUCUACCGUGA